AUGGACUUGUUGGAUGCUGAUUUUGUGGAAAAUAAAUUGCUUGGAUCUAUAAAGGAAGAAAUAUCGAAAACUCGAUGUGAGUUAACUGAUAUAAUGGCUGCAUAUGUUCUUCACGGCAAGACGGAGGAAGAACAGUGUGAAAAAUUCAAAAGAGCACUCUUACCAGCCUUAGAACAUGCUUUUACCUCGUGGAAUACCGUUAAAGAUGAUGAAUAUGUCAUGAAAGAAAACGUCAAUUCAUUAACAAAAGAAUUAACUUAA